AUGGCAUGCUUUCGCAUUCUUGUCAAAAUUCGCGCCGAUAUUGAGAAAGCCUGUGGAGACUUUUGGUGGGAAAAAAGUGAUCAUGGGAAACAUAUGCACUGGGCUAAGUGGGAUAAGCUUUGCCAGCCAAAAUCUAGAACAGAUCUCGGAUUUCGCAAGUUACUCUCCUUCAAUCAAGCUCUUCUUGCCAAACAAGUUUGGCGCUUGAUUGAGAAGUCGGAUUCCUUACUUGGGAGGGUGUUAAUGCAUAAACAUUUCAGAGAUGGUGACAUCAUGAAUGCCAAAGUUUCGCCGAAUUGCUCAUUUACGUGGAGGUCCAUCUGCGGGGGAAUAGAGCUCUUGGCUCAAGGCAUUCGGUGGAAGGAUUCGCAUCAUGGAUCGAACUCCCUCUGUGAUGAUUUAUGGGAGGUAUUUCAACACGCUCGCAAGUAUGUGGUUCUGGAGUUCUUUCAUGCUAGGUGCGAUGCUAAUAGAGCAGCUCAUAAGCUUGCUCGUUAG